CUCUGCCCAAUUGGGCCCUUUUGUCCAUGGAACAACUUUACCUGGAGUCACACCAAUUACAAAACGAGAAACACAUAAAGAAGGAUUAGGGACGAACUACGACCCGUCGAAAUACUCGACCCAGUUGAAUUUAUACAAAUUCUACGGAUUUGCGCCUGGAAAUAAAAUAACCGAUUGGCUCCGAACCAGUAUACCGAUCUUGAUAUUCGUUUUUGGUCUUGUGCAUUUUCCUCUCUAUGUUAAAAAUAGGGAAACGAACGGUGCAACCCAGACGGAUAUCAUCGAAGCCUUUCACUGGUCCGUCGUGUACUGCAUGAUCAUCGUUUGCAUAUUGUUCAUGGUCAAGUACAGAUCGGUUUACUCCGAGAUCGACCGGAUUAUCAAGUCGGGGGUCUACGAUUACGGCGAGGACUUCACGGAGGAACAGCAGUCCAUCUGCGAAGGUGCUAAUAAACUAGUGUUAAAGCUCGGUAAGCUGUUGACGAUCGCUUUCAUCGCGACCGUAUCGACCAGCUUGACAAAGCAGACCAUAUUCAGAAGGAAGCCCGGCAGUUGGAACACGCUUUUCAAAGGAUGGACUCCCUUCGUUAUCAAUACUUGGCCCAGAUAUCUGAUUGUAUUUAUAGUCCAUAUAAUCAUGAUAAUCAAUACUUCAACUUCUGGUUAUCUCCUGGUACUAAGCUUUUUAACUUUUGGAGUUCACUUAGUAGCACAAUUGAAGAGUCUGAGGAUAGCCUUGCAAGAAAUUUUCCUCUCGGAGAAAAAUCAAUCUGAAGAACAGAUUCUCGCCAAGCUGAAAAAAUGCGCAGCACACCAUGCCGAAAUAACGAGGUUUUUUAAUCUCGUGCAGGUUUAUUCCGGCUCGGUAAGCGGUGUUUUGCCCAUCGGCUCAGUCGGAAUGAUCUGCACGUUUUUGUACGAUAUGACCGGUGAAAAUACCGUCGAGGCAUCGUUCAUGGUCAUCCUUCCCGAAGCAAGUCUCAUCACCACUUAUGCCCUGAUAGGGCAGUACAUCACAAACGAGGAAGUUAACUUUUCAGUCGGAAAAUUUGCGCACCUUUCUCUACGAUAUCGACUGGUACGCCCAACCGGUGUCCGUCCAGAAAUAUCUACUGCUGAUGAUGAUGUCCUCGAAGAAGAGCUUGGACUCGAAGGGGUUCGGAGUGUUCAAGUACAGCCUGGAAGGUCUAACAGAGGUCAUGCAGACCACCUACACUUUCUACAAUGCAUUGAACGCCACGAGAUAAGAGGAAAUGAGGAAUAAAUGCGUUAAUUUUUAAAAUCUAAUUUUUGAGUAGAGUAGUGUACACAAAUUGUAGAUUUCGGCAAACAAAGCCUAUAUGUAUGACAUUCGAAUA